AUGGAGAGUGUACCUACUAUUGUGUAUUACGGUGGUGACAUGAUUUCAUCAUCUGAAAGGAUAUUGUUUGAAUAUCCUAAUGGUUCUCAAGUCAUUAGAAUAAGCGAGAAUAUAUCGCUUGAUGCUUUAAGGAAAAUAAUUAUGGAUGCCAUCCAAGGAGGGAGCCCAAAAGCCUCACUUAACGUGAACAAGGAGCAGGAAGAGGUUCUACGCUCCAAACCCUCCAUCCUCGCCCUCAUCGAUGAGCUCGAUAAGCUCCGGCAACCUCUCGCCACCGCUCUCUCCGAAGAGCUCCAAAUCAACGACACAUCUUCUCAAAACCCUCACCAUGAGACCGAGACCGAAAACGAAACCCUAGCUGAGAGCUCCGGCUCGAUUGAGCCGAACUCGAACUCGAGGAACGAUGUCGUUGUGGAGGACCUGCUUAAUUUUCUGUAUUUUGGUUCACUUUUCGAUGUGAAGAGUGACUUUGUGUCCACAAUGCUUACCAGAACGCAUGAGCGUGGUUGUUGCUUGACCUACGACUACGUCACCGACGACGCCACCGAUCUGCUCGGCGAGAAGGACUUGGAUUCGAUCUCUGCACUGAGAGGGUUGCUCGUUUUGUGGCCCGUGGAUUCAAGCUUUUCACACAAGAACGUGCUACACCGCUGCGUGGAGCACGCCAAGCUGUGGCUUGCUAAGUCGGAGCAACCCAUUAGGCCUGAUGCUGAUGUUACUUAUGCUGCAUUAAGGGAGAAGUUGAACAAUAUUAUGUCUUCGGAGUACUUUACUACCACACCUGAGAUGAAGGCUCCGGUUGAAGUUGCUGUGGCGGCUGCUGGGGGCAAUUACGUUUCCUUCCAUGUGCCGGUGCAUGGGUUUGUGGUUCCGGUUGAAGUGGAGCAGCCUGUUUUUCAAUCUCAAGAGAAGGAUGAACAUGAUUGCUUUGUGGUUUCAUUUCUUUCAGCAGUCCAUUUAGAUGAGAAUGUAUACAGUGGAGCUCUAAAUAUUAAUCCUUGGAGAUGGAUGGAACCUGAAAACGAGGAAAAGAGAAAUUGGAGAACUAGUCCAUUCUAUGCACCCUUUGGAGGAGGGGCUAGAUUCUGUCUAGGAGCAGAGUUGGCUCGCCUAUAAAUUGCUUUUUUUUCUUCAUUACUUCGUAACUACCUACAGAAUUUCAAAAGGACGUCUUGCACAACUGUGCUUACUCUAGCUUACCAAAGUCUUGGGGUAGUAUAUGGUGACCUUAGUAGUGCCCCUAUUUAUGUUUACAAGACCACAUUCUCAGGGAAAUUGAGCCUCAAAGAAGACAAUGAAGAAAUUUUUGGGGUGCUUUCAUUUACCUUCUGGACAUUUACCAUUAUUGGUCUCUUCAAAUAUGUUUUCAUUGUGAUGUCUACUGAUGACAAUGGGGAAGUUUGAGCAAUUUUGCUGAAAAUGUUGAGGUUCACUUUGCAUUUAAGAAAAAGACAGAGAUCUUGGCUAAAGCUAGAAAUCUGCUUCUAGAAUGUGACUUUUCAAUUCCUCAAGAGUAUACAAGGGAUGGUUCUGUUUGGAAGAGUGAUGAAACUUCUGCCCAGUUAUCCAGCCAUGUGGUAGAUUUGCUUUUCUUAUCAGAGAGGUUUCUAGUAUUCAAAGCAGCCAAACAAUUGAUAGAGCUAGUUCAUCAGACAUUGCAGCACAGGCUGGGGCAACCAUUUCAUUUGCAAUAAGUAUCACUUUGUGUUGCCCUCAAAGGAGGCACUGGGUACCUGCACAAGCUGUGAUGCAAUUACUACAACUAAUAAUG